AUGGGCGCCGGCACAAACCCGCUGGAAGAGGUGUGCCUCCUACAGCCCAGGCUGCUGAAGAUGGGAGACAGUGGGGAUGCUCUUGUGUGCAACUCCGACCCCGAGAUGCAAUCGACCCACUGCAGUCGAAUUCUGUCGAGAUCAGCCGCUGUGAAGGCGCUAAUGUUGGGACAGGUGAUCUCUAUCUUCAAUACCUUUACCGGCGUUUUCUCCUCCACCUUGGCAGAUUCGGGCAUCAAUUUGCCCACCACCCAGUCUAGCCUGAACUACCUGAUGCUGGCUCCAUUCAUUUGCGGAGAACUCUCCCGGAUCAGAGCGGAAGGCUUACGAUUGCCUUGGUGGCGAUAUGCAAUUUGGGCGCUUGCGGACGUGGAAGCAAACUACAUGGUAGUUCUUGCCUAUCGCUACACCUCGGUGGCUUCGGUGAUGCUUUUGGACGGCUUCACGGUGCCUGGGGCGAUGCUCAUCUCGCGGCUUUUGCUGGGCGCUUGUUACCGGAAGGGCCACGUGGCCGCGUGCGUGGUGUGCCUUUGCGGCUUGAGCUUGACCGUCUUCUCCGACAGCUUGUCAAAGGGGAAGGCGGCGAGCGCGGCAUCCAACGCCUGGGUGGGGGAUGUGUUCGUGCUGUGUGGGGCGUCUUUGUACUCGCUGUCCAACGUGCAAGAGGAGCUCCUGCUGAAGCGGCACUGCAGCCGCUCUGAAGCUUUGGGCAUGCUGGGCAUUUUUGGGAGCCUGAUAUCCUGCGUCCAAGCCUUCGUGCUGGAGAGUCGGCAGCUGAUAAGCAUUUCAUGGUCCUGGGCAGAUCUUGGGUACCUCCUGGGCUUCCAGCUGAGCUUGUUUGGGAUCUACGUCCUGACCAGCAUCUUUCUGCAGAUCUCCGAUGCGGCGGUCUUCAACAUGUCCUUGUUGACCUGUGAUGUGUACAGCAUCCUUUUCUCUUGGCAGGUCCAGCACAAACAAAUCAGCUGGAUCUACGGCGUGGCGUUCCUUCUGACGCUUUCCGGGCUGCUUUGGUAUCACCGCCAGCCUGCGCCGGUGGAGCGGCCUUUCUGA